ACUUUGACUGAAAAUAACAUCAUGACAAUUUACUUAAUUUUGUAUUUAGGCAAGGAAUGCUGUAAGUAUUGCAAUGGAACUGGCAGACAGGGCAGUGGGGCUUCUAUUAUCAUUAACCAGUUUAUCAAUAUUCACUUAUUAUACAUUUUGGGUUGUCAUCCUGCCAUUUGUGGACACAGAUCACUUUAUCCACAAGUACUUCCUCCCUCAGGAGUUUGCUAUACUGAUACCCGUUUUUGCUGGUGUGACACUUUUGUGUUUCUUAUGUGUCUUUAUUGGGCUUGUGAUGCUGAAGUCCAAAAAGAAGGCGGCUUGAAGUAUGUAUUCUCUUUUUGUUAUUCAGUUUAAUUUGGUGAUUUUUUUGUUUUUAAUUUUUUGUCAUUAUGUGUAAAGCAGUCUCAUUAUGGCUACCUACUAUUUGUGUUCUUUGAGCUAUUUCAUUCUGAGUGUGAUUUAGACUAAGCUCUUA